CAGAGACACCAGCACGCCACGACGCAGAAGAAGAACAUUCGUGGUUAGGCUGGAUACCCUUGCCAAAAGCGAUGUGGUGCCGCGGUUCAAUCUCACGACAGCUGGUCUUGAAAACUUGUUUCUCUCAUCUGGCACUUUGUCAACAUCCGCAAAAACGUCAAGUGCCACAACGAGCAUAGAAAUCGUGAAGGACCGAGCGGCGCCAAGACCCACGAGCAUUAUAGAAGCCGUGACAGAUAAUAAAGUCGUGAAGGAUCAAGCAGCCGCUCCCUCCCUCCAAUUCAAUCCUGUGACUGUUUCAGAUCUGAAACAGCUAUUUUCGCAUCGAGGAUUUCUGCCAUCAUAUUUCCUUGUGGACGACGAGAGUAUGCGCUACAGGACAACAGACGGGGACGAGCCAGUGCCCGCCUUCUGCCGAUUUUUUCGUGGACAAGUAGCGGUAGCACGAGGAGCAGGCUCGACACAGAUAAUUCCUGGGGAAAUAGCAGUAGCACCAAAUUCAAAUUUGCGCAGGGAUUCUUUACUGCCGUGGAUUACACGGCGCAAGUUGUAUCCCGAGAACAGGAUGUCAGAAGCGGAUCCUGUCGGCCUCCAGCACUCCAAGAUAUAUCUCUCGACGUCACUCGACGCCAUAGCCACCGAAGUGGAAUGGCCUCUCAGUUCCAGACCAUCCGGCACGAAGCAAUGCUGCGAUUCGCGUGAGGGGGUAGCCCUCCAACGGGCACUGCUCACGAAGCCGGAACACGAAGACCUCUUCCAAGUCGACGCGGACGGGGAAAAAGUUCUCACGGUUUUCCUCUGUGCCGGAGCAAUGUUUUCCGCAUACGAGCGGAUUGCUUAUUUGAUGCCAAAUGCGGCAAACGCGCACCCGCACGUAGACCACGACGGCGCGGGGCCAUCUUUAUCAUCUGCUUCUACUAA